AUGCAAACCACCCAACCUUCCAUUCAAUUCUCAAAGAGAUUACUCUACAAUCUACUGUACAAACGACCACCAAUUUCUGAGCUCAAGAAAAUCCACGCCCUGAUCAUCAUAUCAUCACAAAAAUCCUUAACUGAUUCGCUCAUCCACUGUUAUUUACGUACCAACAAUAUUAAUGUUGCUAGAAUCUUGUUCAACAACUACCCUUUUCCUUCACCACCAACUUUAGUGUGGAAUCUUGUGAUCAGAGCAUACUCGAAACUUCGAGGUUCUUCAGAAUCCGUUAAUCUUUUUCACCAAAUGCUUACUUUAGACCAUCCCUUUUCUGCUGUCCCGGAUGAGUAUACUUUUACUUCUGUGAUCACUUCGUGUGCUCAUCAGAAGUCGAUUAUUCACGGAGAAAUUAUUCAUGGGAUGGUGAAGAAAAAUGGGUAUUUGAUGAAUUUGUAUGUGGCAAAUUCUUUGAUAAGUAUGUAUGCUGUUUUUGCAAGGUUCGAUGAUGCACAUAAAGUAUUUGAUGAAAUGCCUGAGGUAGACGUGUUCUCCUGGACUGGUUUACUCGAACCUACAUGCCAAGAGACAGUAUUCAUCAAACAUCAGGCAUUGAAACUAGGCCCAUCUGAGCAUUCUUGGCCAGUAUUGGUCGAAUAUCAGGCACUGAAACGAUUCCCAUCCGAGCAUUGA